GGCCCCUGCACGACUCCCGUAGCAGUGGUAACUGAAGUCCGUGGCGAUGCCAGUGCACAUCAUGCCAAUUUCCUGGUCCGAAGGAAAGGAAAAAAUUCUAUAAAUCGCCUUUGCAAUUGACUUGGAAAUGUCACUAAGUGAACUGUAUUGGUUGGAUGAGGAGUUGUAUGAUUGGCUUACCUCUUUCUCUUCGGCGUUGGAGGAAAUUACAAAACAAGGAAAAGAUGCUAAGAGAGAGGACAUUGCCAAGCUAAUCUCAUCCUUCGAUUCUGUAAAAAAUCGGCUUCAAGAAAGUGAUCUCCUCCAAGAUCACAUGUCAUCUCUGAUGGUAGCACGACAGCUGCUAGAUGCUGCUCUGAGGCAGCAUGAUAGAAGUGCUGGCACAGGUUCUGAAAUGCAAGACAUUGCUGAUGGCGAGAAAGAUCUGAAUGUGUCUCAAAACGCAAGCACACGCUCGUCCAGGAUGUCUCCAUUUGCCGAGGUUGCCAACUCCAGCUGCAGGAAGGAAGAAGUGCUGGAUAGUUUUGCAGCCAGUCGAAGGCAAGCGAUUGAAUCCACGAUUUUGAGUAACACUGAUGAUCUUCCAAAAUUUAGUGAUAUUGCUGGUUUAGCUGAGGCCAAGUCUGCGUUAUUCGAAGCUUUGGUAGAUCCAGUUCAAUAUCCGGAAUGGUUCGAAUCUUCCGAUUUAAAACCUUGGAAAGCUGUUCUUCUCUAUGGACCUCCUGGCACAGGGAAGUCGAUACUUUCGCAAGCUAUUGUCAGAGAAACAGGUUCCCUUUUAUAUCAGGUUUCCUCCUCUGAUUUGAUCUCAACAUGGAGUGGACAGUCAGAGAAACUCAUUCGAGAGCUUUUCGAUCACGCCAUUGCCCAGACAAAGACAGCUGUUAUUUUCAUAGAUGAAGUUGAUAGUCUGUGCAGAACACGCUGCUCAAGUGAAGAUGAUGCUAAUCGAAGAGUUAAGACAGAGCUCCUCGUACAAUUGCAACGACUUUACACAACAUCGAACGUCGUUUUGAUUUGUGCAACAAACUGUCCUUGGGAUUUAGACCCUGCUUUUAUGAGGAGAUUUGAGAAGAAGAUCUACAUUGGUUUACCUGACGUCGAAGCAAGAAUUGCAAUGUUGAAUCAACGUCUCAUGCAUACCACUAUGCAAGCCGAUGUAUCAAGGAUCUGGAUUGCUGAAAUCACUGACGGUUUUAGCGGUGACGAUAUCCGAAGAUUUGCAAGCGAACUAGCCUACACCCAGUUCCGCUAUUACAAGGAGUACAAGCAGCGUUAUGCUGGCAGUAACAUUCGGCAAGCUUUGUCUCGCCGUGACGUUGAAGAUGUCCUUGCAACAUUUGUGCCCUCAGUGGACAAAAGUCAUCUUUCUCGCUUCGAGCAAUACAGGAACAAAUGAUCUCUACAAUUUGAUUGAUGUCCAAACAUAUCAAGAUCUCUUGUACAUAGCUGUUUUUUAUAGAUAAUCGU